UGAUGCGAUUCCGAACUUACUAACUCCACUGUCUCCAAAACCUGUUGUUUUUAUGUUUGAAAGCGUCAAAACUAUGAUGCGAGAGUAUAAAAAAAAGUGCAUAUAUAAGCAUUCGUACCAUUUUGAUUGUGUACCAAUAAUUAACUCUGUCCAUCAUAUAUACGCUUCUAGUUCUAGAACAGUGUUUUUUUUUUCCCAGUUGUCGUGUUGUCCAUGGAAACAUGGAAGGUAGUCAUCGAACAUAUUUUUGACCUUUUUGAUCUUCUAUUCUGAACAUGGACCAAAGCUAAUGAACCCGUGCUUGGCGUUAACUACAAUGCUGGCCAGGAGGAAGAUGCUGGGGUUUAUGCUCUACGUACAACUUUCCUGUGGCCCAUCUCCUUGUACCGACCAAGAAUCUCGUCAAGCUGCGUGCCUCAGAUGGCCGCAACACAAGGCGAGAGCAACUUCGUUGCAUACGAGAAAGAUGCCAAGCGCGUGCAUACAGCAGAGCCGCGGCGCAGCGUAAACCCCUGCUCCUGCUCCGCUAUAAAAUGGGGUCGCAUCCCCGAUGCCUCCCCACGCAUCUGCAUCUGCAUCUCCCAGGUCAGGUGGCAUCCUCAGGUCUCUGGCCGGUGAGCUCGAGCUGUGUGAGUUUACUCAGCAAUCCAUCAUGGCUGCCGCCAGCUCCCUCCACGACUUCAUCGUCAAGGAUGCAAGCGGCAAAGAUGUGCACCUGAGCACCUACAAGGGCAAGGUUCUCCUCAUCGUCAACGUUGCAUCAAAGUGUGGCCUGACCAAUUCUAACUACACGGAGCUUACCCAGCUAUACGAGAUGUACAAGGACCAGGGUUUUGAGAUCCUUGCGUUCCCAUGCAACCAGUUCGGUGGGCAAGAGCCUGCCACGAGUGAGGAGAUCGUCCAGUUUGUUUGCACUCGCUUCACGGCCAAGUUUCCAAUUUUUGACAAGGUUGACGUCAACGGCGAAGAUGCUGCACCCAUCUACAAGUUUCUGAAAUCCAGCAAAACCGGUCCCUUCGGUGAGAACAUCAAGUGGAACUUCGCCAAGUUCUUGGUUGACAAAAAGGGGCAUGUCAUUGAGCGGUAUGCUCCAACCACUUACCCACUCAGCAUCCAGAAGGACAUCAAGAAGCUGCUUGGGAGUUAUUGAAUAUCUUGAGCCAAUAGAUAGAUGCACUUGAAACAUCUGAAAUGUCGUAAUAAAGUUAUGGUGUUAACUGUUACAAGCUUGCUAUGUUUCUACCUAGCAGUAGUAGGAAAUAAUAAGAUGCAAGGUCUAUCUUGUACUAGCUAGUAGUAAAUACUCC